GAGCUCAGUGUAGCGAGCAUAGAUUUACAAGUCUGUAAUUCUAUGGUAGCGUUAGAUGGUAUAUCGCCGGAUCGAGUGGUAGAGAAUCGCACAGUCUAUUGCGCAUGGCAACGCGUCGCUACGCUGGACACAUUACUGCAUCAUCAUCUCCUUACCCUUAUCCCACUUAAGUGGGGUCGGAAAAAUAUGUCAAUCUUUUCCAUUCGUCUCUAUUACUCGUCAACUCAUCAUCCACUCCUUUUACACACAUGUCCUCUUUCACACAAUCCAACCAUCUCUUCUUUGGCCUUCCUCUCCUCCUAUGUCCUUCCACUUGCACAUUCAACAUUUUUCUAGUAAUAUGACUUUCCUCCCUACGCAUUACAUGUACCAAGUUAACCUUGUACUCCUCAAUUUUUCUGUCACUGGCGCCACCUUCAGACUUCCUCUUUUAGAUAUACUCAUUCCUUAUUUUAUCUAUUCUUGUCACACCACACAUCCAUCUCAACUUAAUGGUCUAAGAUCUAAACAUACGCAUUUCGUUCACAUGCAUUUGUUUACUAUCCGUCCCUUUCACCGCCCAACAUUCUGAUCUAUACAGCACGUCAGGUCUUACAACCGUUUUAUAUAUUUUACCCUUAAGUCUAAGAGGCAUUCGCGGGUCACAGCACACCUGAGACUUGUCACCAUUUCAUCCAUCCCGCAUUCAUUCUACUUUUUACGUCUCGGUCCACAUUGCCAUCGUUUUGAAGUGCUUGUUGUUUUGCUUUGAAGUUUUGAAGAAGGAGCAAGCUGGUAGGGUUACACCAUUUAAGGCAAUUUUGGAAGAUUGAGAUGUGCCGCCAAAGUCCAAGAAUAAAUAUUCAGUUUUCGUUUUCGGACACAUUACUGAAUAUAGACUAUAUAUAUACCAUCAUAUAGCGUGGCAACGCGUUGCCACGGCAUGCGUCGCCACGCCAAAAAUCGGUUUAACGUGCGGCUAUAGAUGUUUCACAUCAAAACCUGGCUGACUUUGUUGUGGGCUCUUCUCAGACCAAGGCACGUUUGGAACCCUCCUAAAGCUUUCGAGUAAUUUUCAUCACCAUUAUCAUAGAAUAUUAAUAACUAACGUUUCGAUAGUGCUUGUAAACUAAGCCUAAUUGAAAUAAAUGAACAAAAACAAUACUUAUCUAAAAAGAAACAAUUUUUCAGCCGGAACAGCAAAACAAGUUUGUAGUCCUACAUUUACUCUUGAGUAGAUAUGUUCCUUGUUGUAUUAUGUGUAAAAAUUACAAUUGCAAUGAGUUUGUUGAGAACAAAAUCAGAUCGCAUCAACGCACUUAGAAAACAAUACGACGCAUUUCUGGAUGAGGAUAAAAAGCGUAAAGAUAGAAAUGAGUUUAUUUUGGGUAGGCUUGAAAAAAUGCGGAUGUCUACCCCUGCAGUUGUACCAGUUCGCCAUGUUAUGGGAAAUCCACAAAUAAAUAACUAUAACUUUAUACCACAAGAGCGAUCUGAUUAUGUAAAGAAACUAAGAUUUGAUAAUAGUAUAUUACGCUCAAGAGAAUAUGACGCUUCACCGAAAUGUAUAACAAAAGAUGAAGAAAUACUGUUACAAGAAAUAUGUAAAAAAUACAUACUCAUUCCUAGACUUCGACCUAUAAAUGAAAAUAGUGUAACAUUUUAUCAACCACCAUUGUUAAACACCACACCGAUGGAAAACAUUGAUACUGAUUGGAGGAAUAAAUAUAAUAUUUUAGAUGAACUGAAGAAAAUUGAAAAAGAAGAUUCGUCAGGCGUUUCAAAGGAAAACUCACAUUUAAUGAAUGAUAAAAUCGUUAAAAGUCAUGAAUUGAAUAUAAUUAAAUCAAACAUAGGCGAAGCGAUGGUUAACAACACCGACAAAGACACAAUCAACAAUUCGCAGCAAAAUAAAAUGCAACUAAAUGCAUUACAAACAUAUAGUCCAGAUACAGUUUCUAAAAUCGAUCUUGAAUCUGAUAGUAAUAUACUAUUAGAACGCAAUAAAAAUAUGAUUCCUAAAUAUGUUAAAAAUAUUGAAUUUGAAAAUGAAGUAUCGCCCACACCCGUGUUCGUGUCUUCAAAUCAAGAAGAAUAUAUCAUGGAUUCCAAUGAAACAAACAAAGAGUUUUAUCCACAUGAAAAUAUUAUCCAAGCUGAACAAAUAAAUGAGAAUAUGAACAACGAAAAGGUACCCUUCAAUCAGAUUCAAAACGUUGAAUUAAAUGAACACAAAGGAAUACAUAAUAAUGUACCGACAAAAAAAGGUGCAGAGUUUGUUUCUAUAAAUACACAGAAUGUAAUAAAUGCACCAAUAGCCCAACCAAAUGUAAUGGAGUUGAGCAACAGCGAUGUUGUUCAUAGUAAUAUUACGAGCUUAAAUGAGACAGAAGACAUUGAUCUGCAUUUAAAAGAAGAUGAAGUAUCCGGAUAUCCUGUAGAAACUAUUGAAUAUCAAGAACCAUAUUCUAAUGUUGGUCAAAACGAAACUAUGGCAGAAAAAAUCCCACAAGAAUAUGAACCACCAAAUGAAGCGACAAUUAUUAGUGAUAAUGUUAUCUCCUCACAAAUAAAUGAAUUUGAAACAGAACAAAAACAAAUGUUUUAUUCAGAAGAAACAGGGUACACUGAAAAUGUUGACACUGUGGGGGAUACUACACAAAACGAACAAUACUCUUAUUAUGAUGAAUCUCAACAAGAGCAACCCUACUAUCCAGAAGUCAAUGAACAUGUAGAAUCAACAGAACAAUAUGAUCCUAGUUACGAACAACAAUAUGUUGGUAAUUAUGAUGAAAACGUCAAUGCUGAUUAUGAAAAUCAGCAAUAUGGUUUGGAAAAUUAUGAAAACCAUCAAGAAGUGACAAAUGUAAAUUAUGAACAACAUCCAAAUCAGCAAGAAAUAAUCCAACAUCAGCCAGAUGUAUCAACAGAAAAUUAUGACCAACAGCAAGUUAACUAUGAAUAUCAACAAUCUGGAUAUCUUGAUAAUGUUGAUCAAAGUCACAUCGAGAAUACAAAUAUUUAUGAUACACAAGCAAGUGAACAUGUUAAUUAUGAUAAUCAAGAAUAUAAUGAAAUAGGUGAGAUUGAACAACCUGCACAUCCUGAUCAAAGCACAUAUGAAAAUCAGCAAAACUAUGUACAAAAUUCAGAACAUGAAACAAUACAGAACUUAGAGCAACAACUUGAUAGUGAAGAAGGUUAUACUGAAACUAAAAUACUUCCAAAUGAACCUGCUACUGAAGGACAAAAUGUAAAGGAGUUGGAAUCAAAUAUUAAAACAACCUAAACAACAAAUGGAAUGAAUCCAUUAAAUGUUAAUUCCUAUUUUGCAACUCUUACUUGAUUAUUUACUGAAGUGUUACUAUAAUAAUGUU